AAACAAGUUAAUAGUACACAAAAGUGUGUGCAUUUGAUUCCAGCCUUGUUAUAUGAAUAAAGUAAUGAAGACUCUAAAUGCUUCAAGAAUGGAGCAUAUAAUUUCCAUGGAGGAGAUGAUCCAUUCGAGAAAAGUUGAAAGAAAAGAAGCUGGUGAAACAAGCAGAGGCCAUGAUCAACCUGUCAUUGUCUCUAGUGCCACUCAGGAGCUCAGUAUUGCAAUCCAUGAGACAGGUUGUGCCAGUUCCGAGGAAGAGAAUUUUAUGAAAUUAAAGGAGGCGCGUGUCAAAGGGAAGAAUCGAUGGACAACAAAGCCAAAGAUACAAAAGGUUCUAUUGCUUCGAUGUCACAAAGAUUUCCAAAAGUACUGUGAGCCGAGGGUGGUAUCAAUUGGUCCUAUCCAUCAUGGUAAGCCAAAGUAUCGAUUAGCAGAGGAAUUCAAGCUUACAUUGGCAGAAAACUUCAUUGAAGAAAGUGGCAAGACUGAUAGAGAAUUGUAUAUGGUGAUUAAGAACAACAUCGAGCAACUAAGGAAGUGUUUCGAUGAGGAGGUGAUUCACAAUUAUAAUGAUGAAGCCCUUUCAUGGAUGUUGUUUGUGGAUGGUUGUGCAACACUGAAAUUCAUAGACUCUGUUGUUCAUAGUAAUGUCAAAAGGUUCCAAAUUAAAAACGGUCAAGUGGCCUUUGUGCGACAAGAUUUAUUCUUGUUGGAGAAUCAACUUCCUUAUCAAAUUCUCAACGAUUUAAUCAAAAACAGUAAAGAGGGUGAAAAAUUGAGGGAGUCCGUCCAAAGUUUCAUCGAUGAGCAAAGAAUGACAGAAAAAACAAAGGAAAAGCCAACCAAAAAUAAUGAAGAGGGUGAAAAAACAGAGGAGCCAGUUCAUCUUCUGGAUCUACUGCGGAACAGACUUCUAGGCUACACUUCCACAAGUCCUAAUAAUAAAGAGGGUGAAAAAACAGAGGAAACGCCACCCAAUAAAGAACCAGUUCAUCUUCUGGAUCUACUGCGGAGCAAACUUCUAGGCUGCACUUCCACAAGUCCUAAAAAAAACUCUAACCAGGAAGACUGGAAUUCAUUUCGCAAUGUGCAGGAGCUUAACGCAGUAGGAAUUCAUUUGAAGUCCAGCGACAAUAACUGCUUGGGAAACAUAACCUUCACCAAGAAUUGGGAAUUCUAUGGCGGAACCCUUAGUCUGCCUCCAAUAAUAGUGGAUGACUCAACUGGACCCAAGUUCUUCAACUUGAUAGCUUACGAGAUGUGUCCAGAUUUUGAAAAUGACUAUGGAGUCUCGUCUUACAUAUCCUUCCUCGAUUCACUCAUCGACGAAUCCAAAGACGUUAUAGACCUCAGGAGUGCAGGCAUACUCCGCAAUUUCCUUGGCAGCGAUGAUGAAGUGGCUCGAGUCUUCAACGAGAUAGGCACCGACUUGGUUCCUAACCUUGAAAUAUACAAAGGCGUCAGAAGCCAAAUCCAGCAAUACUAUGACAAGAGGAGGAUGCUCUGGAUAACUCAAGUCAUUCACGACCAUUUCAGCAGCCCGUGGACAGUAGUGGCUUUCAUUGCCGGAUUAUUUGUACUCAUUCUCAGUGUCUUACAGACCGUGUACUCUAUGUUGGCUUAUUAUCAUCCAAAAUGAGACCAGAGGUAUUGAAAAUUUGUUAUAGAUCCUCUCUGGUACGUCCUAUGUAUGGCUUUGUCAUUCCGUUUGUUUACUUUCCUUUUGUUGAACUCCCUUGUUCGUUUAAAUAAGUCAGUGUGGACAAUGUACUUGAUUCUUUAUUUAAUGUAAUGUGUGUUAGAGAUAAACAUGAUAUUUACCUGCCAGAAUUUUAUGUGUGAAGAGGGUUGAGAGUACUAUGUAAUAAAAUUUGA